AUGACGUCUGAGAUUGGACGGUUGGCGUCCAUCAUUUCCCGUGCUGUAGUUACCCUCGAGGUAUCGCUCACGGAAAGGAGCGACUUACCGGAAGCCUCUGCUGUUGGAUCUGGAAGCAAAGAAGUACUGGCAGCAAAGGCCGACGCUAUAGACGCAUGUAUGGAGUUGCUGGACCAAUUGCAAGGUCCGUCGAAAUGCAUGAUACCAUUGUGGAAUGGUGCAAGUUUGCAGGCUAUUUCCCGACAUCACAUUGCGAAUCAUGUCCCGAUGCACGGGGAAAUAUCCUACCAGGACCUCGCCCGGGCAUCAGGUGUUCCGGUCAAUGAGUUGAAACAAUAUAUCCUUUUUGCAAUUAUCCACCACCGACUAUUUGUGGAGAAACGAAAGGGUUAUGUCUCUCAUUCAGCUGGCUCACGCUCUCUUCAAGAGAACCCCGGUGCGGUUGCUGGUGUAUUACAGCUCGAUGAAUGGUACAGCGCCUUUUCACGAACUGUCGACGCGAUGGAUCAGUUUCCGGGGCAUAAGCCAAACGAGACCGGAUAUGCCUUGAGCCAUGGAAAUCAAAGUAUUUUCGAUUAUCUCAGCGACCGACCGGCCAAAGCAAAGCAGUUCGCUGAUGCGAUGCAGUUCUAUACGGUUGCCAUACCCGAAGCGUCUCCCAGCUUUCUUCUUCAAGGGUAUCCUUGGGGCGACCUUCCACGGGGAUCGGUUGUGGUAGAUGUGGGAGGAAGCGACGGCCACGUUGGCCGGCUCAUUGCGCAGCAUUAUCAGCACAUUAAUGUUGUCGUUCAGGAUCUCGAAUAUGCCGCGGCAGACUUCCAAGCCGCGGCAAAGGAAGACCGCAACAUCCGGUUCGACGUCCAUGACUUUUUCUCCCCUCAGACAGUCGUCGCCGAUGUCUACCUUUUUCGCUGGGUGCUUAUGAACUGGGCAGACGAGUAUGUUGUGCAGAUCCUGCAACAGCUGGUACCUUCCUUGCGACCGGGUGCCAAGGUACUGGUGAACGAGAGUCUUUGCCCUGAAAGUGGAUCGCUGCCAUUAGCUAUGGAGAGAUAUAUCAGAUGGAUAGAUCUGUUGAUGCUUGGAGUAUACAAAUCGCGUCUCAGAGACGAAGAAGACUGGGUUGCAUUGUUCAAGCAGGCUGAUGCGGGAUUUGACUCUAUUCAGUGUUCCAUGGUCCCGGGUUCAGCAAUGGGUAUUGUUCAGGCAAUCUGGCGAGGUUUCUGA